CUGUACUGGGAAGCGAGUUCAACAGACCCAGGAUAUCUUUCCGAGAUCCAGUUGAACUUAACCUAACAAACACAGUCAGUCUAGUGUUAAACUUUCUGAUCACGAUCUGAACGAGUGACCAUGGAAGGGGUGGGGUUUAUUGCUUAUGACCAAGCACAGACAUGGACAGUUGUUGACUGACAGCAGACGAAGGUCAACAAGGAUCAAACUGUUGCAUAAUAAAAGUACGAGGAGAACAAACACUUGAUCCGGACUAAAAGAAACAGUUAGAGCUGCUAAAUGCAGCAAGAACAGCUGGUGAAACAUCUGUGAUUGUGUCAAUGUGUAAGUUACGGAGCCUUUGGGAAAAAAUACAUGAGCACGAAAUAAUAACGUGUAGUGGAAAAUAACUAAGUGUGGCUGAAACCUAUUUUGAACCUAAUGGAAAUGUAUGCAAAUCAUUUAUUCCUGUGUUUUAAUUCCUGUCUCAAACUGCGCCUACAGAACCAGUCUGAACUGGCUCAGACAAACAGCCUUAGUCCUUCUAUAUAAGAUCCUCUGUGUUGAUCCUUUCUGCAGAAAGCCCCUAUUAAAAUACACCGAGACAAAUAUGGUGUUCCAGCCUCUUGUAUUUUCAGAUUUCCAUCACAAACGUGUGAAUCUGCUCUUUACAAACGUUUGACUGAUUCACAUGAUGUAGCCUCUAUAAUGAGCUUUAGUUUGACACCCAGUUAUAAACUGACUCUGAGGACACACUGUUGUGGAAACCUUUCACAUUACUUGAACACAUGGACCUGUUUUUCAUGCGCCAUGAUGAUGGUCUUGUAUCUGACAUAUAAAUCACACUUAAAUCCUCACAUGAUCAAACAAUCACUGCAGAAUCUUUACAUCAUAUUUUCUGUACAUUUGUUUGCAUCAUGUCUGUGUGUUGGUUUAACGAACCUCACAGCUCAGAUCUGAGCAGAAUAAACUGAAACCACUGGUCUUUUUACACAAGUAUGAAAACCACAGAGGUGCAGAUGGUUGAGCUGCUCUCAGCGUUUCCUCUCACAUGAGAAAAUGGGACGAACAUGUGAGGUGAAGCUGCUCUUGCUGAUCUCAUCGCUCUGCUGCAGCACGAACCAAGCUGUAGUGACGCUGAGUCCCAGCAGCUCUCAGUUCUUCAGAGGGACGUCCGUCUCUUUUAGCUGUGAGGACGACCACAGCUCGGCUGGAUGGACGGUGAGGAAGAACAUGAGCAGAGACACCAGGGCGGAGUGUGAAGACUGGGGGCGACAAGUUGCUUCUUCCUGUGUCAUCGAAGCUCUCGUCUCAUCGGACAGUGGAGUUUACUGGUGUGAGUCCACAGAGGGAGGAGCAAGUAACUACGUCAACAUCACUGUGACUGAUGCUCCAGUGAUCCUGCAGAGUCCCGUCCUCCCGGGAGGCGGAGAGGGCGUCACUCUGCUCUGUAAAACUAAGACGCCGUCCUUCAACCUCUCGGCUGAUUUCUAUAAAGAUGGCACUUUUGUCAGGACGACGCCCACAGGUCACAUGACCAUCCACCUUGUCUCCAAGUCUGAUGAAGGAGCCUACAAGUGUGACAUCAGAGGCCGGGGAGAGUCUCCACCCGCCUGGCUGUUUGUCACAGGUGAGGUCAAAGGAACACCGACCACCACAUCUCUUCUAUCACUCUCUGUUAUCGCAUCCAUCGCUGGUUUGGUAAUUCUGGUUGUUCUGGUGCUACUGGUGAGACGAUGUGUCCGGAGGAAACCUGAGGAGCGUGAUCCAGAAGAUGUCAGUCUUGAACCGGACGGGACGAUGGAGAGAGAUCGAGCUGCAGCGACACAAAGGGACAACGUCACAUAUGGACAAAUAACGAUCCGACCAUUCAACAGCAGAGAAGAUCAACCAGAGCUGGAGGUCAUUUACUCGUCACUGAGGUCCAAACAAUGACGACCUGCUGCUGCUUCACUGCCGCCAUCUUUAUUCCAUCACAGGAGGCGUGUCCUGAGUCUAGUUAUGUUUUAAAUCAACCAACAAACUGUUUGACUGAGGAGUGACAGAAAGCCAGUGUUUCAAUAAAGUUUCAAUAAAACAACUAAAAUGAAAAUAUAUAUGAAAAUAA